AUGGUUGACACACAACCUCAACCACCAGUCAAGUACGUUGCAUGGACGGAAGACCUAGAGGUUGCCCUCCUGCGUGAGGUGACACGAAUCGAACCAUUAGGAGCAGACCACGGCGAGCUGCUGCAGCGAUGGAAGUUGGUUGCAAGUGGCCUUAGUGACCAAGUACCCAAGAUCAACUACCGCAGUGCCCGUGAGCAUGUUGACGUGAUGCUCAUGGGCACUGCGGUAGUUGAUCUUGGGUACUUGAUCUCAUGCAGCAAGGAGAGCGGCACGCGGACGCAUCUUUACGACUGGUUAAUCGCUCAUCUCGCCACUUUCCAAUGCCCUCCCCUCACGCCGAGUCUCGAACGCAACCCAGCGGAUCUGGAAUCCCGAAACCUGCCCGACGACGACCGCCAGGCGGUGCUCAACAUGUUGCUCUCGAAGAGCGAUGACGGCAAGCGAAAGCAUGGGUCAGUUAACGAUGUUGCUAAGCACUUUAACUGCCAUCGUUCAACUGUCUCAACGAUCUGGAACAGCUAUAAAGCUGCAUGCGCGUCGACCCACAUCGGACCAUCGCCGACGCUCCCAAAUUCGCGCAUGAAAGACCACCUUCUCGUACGCGUUGUUCAGCACCCGUGCAAGCUGCAACGUGGGGCCAUACUUGAAGUGGCUCGCAUCUUUGGGCGCAACCCACGAACUAUUGGCAAGAUAUGGCAACGUGCCAACGUGUCGCUUGGUGGCGACAACUUGCCCAGCCGCGAAAUGAUAUGUGAGCACACCGCCAGCAUGAAGAAAGGCCGCGUCAUCGGCUGCGCCGGAGGGAACUCCUACAAGAUUCCGUACAUGAAGAAGGCUGCUUUGAAGAAAUGUGGCCGCCUACCCGAGUCUGUGUCGCGCGGCAAAGACGUCUACGACGAUGGUUGCACACUGCUCGGCCAGGUCGACCUAAGCACCGUCAUGCUUGAGCUGUCUCUGCAGACAGCGCGCGACUUGGAAAUGAUGCGACAUCUUCACAGCAUUGGAAACUCUUGA